AUGGCACUCUGGGCAGAUAAGAUCAUUGUUAAGAAGGCCAUAGGAACAUCUCCUUUUCAGUCGGUGUAUAGAUCUAAAGCAAGGAUGCCAAAAAAUAAUCUAUUGCAUGUGUAUAAGUUCAUCCAUGAAAAUGACCUGGAAAUGUUAGAUCCGUUGGAGGAAAGGAUGGAGAUGCUUGCAGAAUUAGAUGAAAGUAGAGAAGAUGCUCAUAGGAAGAACCUGAAGCUGCAAAAAAAAAAUGCUAUAGCUCAAGAUAAAGGCAAGCAUGGCAAAGUUGAAGCCUUGUGGUUGGGGCCAUUUGUUGUUACAGAGAAGAAUGGUGAGGAUUCAUACUUCCUCACAGAUAUGAAUGGUGAAAUGUAG